AAUCAUCCAACCUCCACUCUUUCCCAUCGUCAGUUGUCAGUUUACAAAAUUUGGUGGAAAGUGAAGAUUGGAUAAUAUAGCACAGAGGAAGUUUGCAAUUACGUACAAUAAUUAAGAGUCUAUAAUUACACUGGUGGGACGUUAAAUUAUUUAACGUCACCAUCAUGAGUUUAGGAGUGUGGAAGUCGUCCAAAAAGACGAUCAAGUUUGUUGUUGAUCUCCACCUCGAAGAAUUGUCUUCCGUUCCAUUCCUCGCUGGUGUUAUCUUCGCCAAAUUGAGGCUCUUAUCGGGUGGAAAUUUCCGUAGAAUUUCAGACAGGGAAGAAAUUGUGGAUCAUCGAGUAUGUUGGAAUAGUCAUUUCGAAUUUGAAUGCAAGCUGACGGCGACCUUGUCGACGGGGACGUUAGAUGCUUGUACCUGUCGCGUUUCUGUUCGAAGGGAAUCCCAGGGAGGAAAGAGCUAUCAGAAGCUUGGGUUUGCUGAUAUCAACCUCGCAGAAUUUGCAGGGGGCACUCCACAAUCCCGGUCUUUCUUGUUAGAAGAGUAUAAUUCCUCGACAAGGGCGAAUAAUGCUUUGCUCAGAGUAACACUGUGCAUGCGAGUUAAGGAAGGAGACUUUUGCUUUAAAGUCCCUCAACCAUCUGCACCAUCCUCUUCUUUCUUUUCUGAAACAUUAACGUUUCCAGAAAAACCGGAACACCCUGAGCAGCCUCAAAUUGAGAAGGAGGCAACUCAAGGGGAGCACAGUCGUCAAAGUUCUUCCUCUGAUUCCGGAGUUGUGAGUCGAGAAAUCGCGUCCGAGUUUGGAAGCUUGGAACGAAAUUCUGGAAGAAACUCAGCCCUGUCAUCCGGCCCAAUGUUGGACAGAGAAAAAGUGGGGUCGUCAAGAGUAGAUUCAACUCGAGUAGACCCUGAAUAUUUGAUAGACGAGCUCUUACGAGAGUCUAAUUUAGAGUCUAGCCCUAAUGAAGGGGGUGGUCUCACUCUUUUUAUCGGGAAAGACGGUUCAGCCGCCGUUGUUGGGGACUGACUAACUUAAAAACUGACUAAUAUUGGCUUCUUCAAAACUCAAGUAAGAGGACCAACCUGUGAUUCAUACCUCUAGUGAACACAACGCACCAUACGCAACAUUUGGAAUGCAAAAUUGAACCACAUUUAUUCAAUGUAAGAGUACAACAAUGAUGAGAUGAAAAUAAUAGUAGAGUAUUAUUGUGCUGCCCAAUUUGUGCAUAAUCUAUAUUUAUAAUAUUAUAUAUAUUGAUACUGCUACGUUUUAUUAUGAACAAAGCCAAACGCAAAACCCGAUGUAAUCCAGUGAACACGACGCAAUGUUUAAAAAAUGCAAAUGAAUGAAACAACAAACGCAAAAUAUUAUUACGUAAUAAACUGCUGGCUUUUAUGCCUCUAUUAUUUUAAUCUA